UGCAUAUUACGUUUAUUUUCAGGCAUGCUAACUAUCCAGCUUGCAAUUUCAAGACGCUUGUAUUGACCGAUAUGGCGGCGUCAUUUGUAAAAUCAACGUGCUUGGAUUUUUCCUUCAACAAAAUUAAACCUAUAAUUUUGUUGAUUUUGAAUUUUAAUAUAUGUGUUCAACAUAUAAGCGCAACUUCAUUUUUGAACAUAAAUGAUUUAGCAAGCUCGGAUCGACCUUUCUUCGAUGACAUAAGCCCAAGAAAUGUCUCAGCUGUCAUUGAUGAAACUGCAGUUUUAAGAUGUCGUGUCAAAAACAAAGGAAAUCGCACUGUUUCAUGGAUGCGUAAGCGCGACCUUCAUAUUUUAACAACUAACAUUUAUACCUAUACUGGCGAUCAACGAUUUUCCGUAAUACACCCACCCAGCAGUGAGGACUGGGACUUAAAAAUUGACUACGCCCAACCACGGGAUAGCGGAAUUUAUGAGUGUCAAGUUAAUACUGAGCCGAAAAUAAACUUAGCAAUCAUUCUGGAUAUUGCAGCUGAGAGCGAAGCUAGAGAUCUAAAUUCGGAUCGACGGUAUUAUGAUUCAAAAGCGGCCCGUGCAAAAAUAUUAGGAUCUACGGAAAUCCAUGUUAAACGCGAUAGCACUAUUGCUCUAGCCUGCUCAGUAAAUAUGCAUGCAUCAUCUGUUUUAUGGUAUCAUGGCUCUUCAAUAGUCGAUUUUGAUUCGCUGCGAGGUGGAAUAAGUUUGGAAACGGAAAAAACCGAUAUUGGAACUACUAGUCGAUUAAUGCUGACAAGAGCUUCAUUACGAGAUUCCGGAAACUAUACUUGCGUUCCUAAUGGUGCUAUACCCGCAUCGGUGCGGGUUCAUGUAUUGACCGGCGAACAGCCGGCUGCAAUGCAGACAAGUGCGGCCAUCGGGAUGAAUGCUCACACCGCCAUGAUAAACAUCAUAUCAAUAAAGUUUUUGUUAAAUAUUUCAACUCUAGCAGAAUAUGUGUGCCGAAAGGAGAGAUGACUAACUAAGCAACUAUCCAUACUCUAAAUAUUUAACUUUAAGAUUACAAGCCAAUUCCAAUGGAACGAUUGUAAGAGAACGUGUUUAUAAAAUUAUUCAAUACAGAAAUACAACAUAAAAAUAAUUCCUAUAGUCAUAUGUAAUUAAACUAUUAAUAAAUACUUGCAUACAUGCAUAU